UAGGUGGUGAACCAGCACAUUGUAUCCCGACCCUGAUCCUGCGGCGGACACCAGCUCCGUCACGGAGCACUUCGUCAAAAUUUAUUCCAACACAUCGCGGGCCUCCCUCCUGGGAGGCUCUUUCGAUCCGUCCUUUCGGCGAGGUUUUCGUGGACGGGAGGGGUACACAAACGUUCCGCCGGAUCCUCCAAAGCGACACAAGAUGUACCGCCCCAACUCCCUUUGGACGUGGUCCUUUUGUAUCGUUACCCUGGUUCAGACAAUUAUUACCCUUGCGCUGGAGUGCUAUGUUUUUGUGAAUUUCCAGGUCCAAUUGCUCCCAUCGGCCGCCACGACAACGGCUUCCAAGCCCAUUCCAACCUUCCUCGCCCUCUAUAGUUUCGGGUUCAUAUAUGAGCUGAUUCUCGUGUACGAUGCGCUACGCCUCAAGAACACUAUCCAAGUUAUUGGAUUGUGCAUGUGCAAUCUCGGUCUGUUAGUCUAUGGAGCCGUGCAGGUGCAACAAAUUCGGGACGCUGUGCAGAUUUUAUGGGACAACGGUGCUAUCGCGGAAAAUGUCUGGGGUGAAACCGAGCCGUUUCUCAUCAUCAUUCCAUGCGUUGUGGCCAUGGGGUCGAUCUUAAUGAUAAUUGUUGCCUGGAAACUAUACGACGAGUUUGCGUGGUCCAUCUACAAACAUAUCAGCGCCGAUUUGCGAAUGAAGCGUCGAUAUCUGACUUAUCAGAUUUAUAUCUCGCUUCUGAAAUUCGACUUCUUCUUCUUCCUUGGAUUCACUGUCCAAUUUGUUGUCAUUGUCACGAACAGGUCUGACAUUGAAUUCGCCCUUACGCUGGCUGCUAUUCCCGUGACAAUCAUAAUUCUGAUUUGCGCGGCGUUCUUUGUGCGACGUGAGAGCUCAAUUGGCAUGAUUGUCGUUAUCCUUCUCUACUUCGCAGCUAUGGCCUAUUUCUUGUUCAAGCUCGUGCGGAUGUAUCAGCCUGGAACCUACGACCUAUACUUGACUGCUCGACGCUCAUUGACAUUCUUCGCGGUCAUCACUCUUGUACUCAUCGUCAUCACUAUCAUCAAUGCCUGCGUGUGUAUGCACAAUUUCCACAAGGGCUUGAAGCAGCAUGUACACAAGAAGAAGACGCAGAACAAGGAGGGCAAGACGACCGAGCUGUCCUCCAAUAUCUCUACUGGCCAGGUGCCUACUCGAAUGAUGAUCGAUUGAAGCAAUCGCAGGCUGCAUUCUACGAGUAUAAGAGGAAGAAAGAAAAGACCAAAACGACCAAAAGAUGCCAUAUUCGAUUCUCAUAUCGUCAUCCGACGCUGAUUAGU